AUGAGAUUAGAACAAGAGUCUUUUGGAGUUGAGGAAAAGUUUUAGCAAAAUUAAUAACUAACUAAUGAUAAUGACUUUGAUGAAACUUUUUUUAAUGAGAUGCCCACUAUGAAGGGUUAAAAGAUGUUUAAAUUCCUCCUCUAGUAAUAAGAAAAUGUGAGAAAUAUCACGAGGAUAGAGAAAGGGUACUAAGAAUUAUCAGGGAAAAGUUAAUAAAAUAAAUGGGCGAAAAGGCUAGAUGAGAGAAGAGAUCGAGUUUUGAAUAGGACAGCUAAUAAUUAAAGUAUUUCAAUGAAUAACUUAAAAUAAGGUGGCAAGUACUCUAAGAGAGAUAAAAUAGAUCCAGAAGAGGACAGAGCUCAGAAAGAGAUAGAGAGAUAGCUAAGAAUGGAUGGUUAAACUGGCUUGCAAGAAACAGAUGUCUUUAUACUCAAGAAUGUAUUAGAGGUGCUUCCACAGGAGUUUUUUGAGUAGAAACUUAAAAAGGACUCUCUAGAUAUGGAUGAGAGAGACAUUCACGAUAUGCUUUUAAGCUAUAGAAGCAGAAAGAAGCCUAAAUCCGUAUAAAAAUAGAUGGUAAGAACUAGAAGUGAAUUCAAUUUAACAAAGCAGACUAAUCUUACCAAGUAUGAUGUAGUAGCAUAGACAAAAUAUUUAAGAUCAUACUUUGAAAAAGAAAAGCCUACAGAAUCUAAUAGUAAAUCUAGUAGCAAGCAAAAAUUUGGAAUUAGUAGAUAAAAAUCAUAUGUUAAUUCUAGUAGAGAGGCUCUAACAUCUUCUCCUUAGAGAGAUCUAUUUAGCAUGCGGCAAAAUAGUUAAAGUCUGAGUUUCUACUCGAGAAAGAGAGAAUAAUAAGGAAUUCACUAAUUUUAGAGUGAUGAAUUGUUUGAAGGAAUGCAGCCAGAUCUUAGGAGGAAGAUGUAUUAGCACAUGAAUCAAACCUAAUCCCUUUUCUAAGGAGCUUAGAUCAAUAAUCAGUUGUAAGUGAAUUCAAUUGCGCAUAAAGGUUUUCUAAAUUUUGACAAAAUCAGAUCGAGAGCAAAAUAAAUAAACAGUUAAUUUCUCAGAGACCUAAAUUCAUUCAGAUAGAAAGUGCAGGAUAGGUCUUUUAUUGAUGUUUACGGUAGAGCUAAAUGA